UUCAGUAUCCGUAAACGUCUCGUAGAGUUAACAACUCGGUAAAAAAAAUUGAUUGUACAAAAAUUACCUGUUAUUAGAUUUACUUUUUAUUUCCACCUUAUUGGAUACUAAAUUUUAAGAGAGUUAAAUUCUCAGUUCAUUUUUUCGGUCUACUGACAUUUUUUUUUGGAGGGGUACUUGCUUGUAAGGUAGAACGCAGGGGCAAUGUUUCGUAAAUCGCAUCAGCUGCUCUUCCGCAUCUGCAGUCGGUCGGCCGUGAGCCACCAGUAUGCGCCGAAGGUGAUCCGGCGGCCCUAUGCCUCGCAGGCCAUCAACCAGAUGCUGUUGCUCCAGCAGAUGGACAUCUGUGCGGACCAGCCCUCGCGGGCGUUGGUCAUCGGAGUCUACGCGGACGAGGAGGACAAGAACGACGCCGGCAUCCUGACGCCCGCCGGCUGGCGGUACAACCUGCAGAAGACCAAUGGCCGACUGAUCGAGGUGCUCCGGAUGUCGGGACCCAUGCCCAGGAGGGGCGAGGCCCGCCUCCUCUUCGCCGUGGAGCCGGAUCGUAUCCCCUACUACUCCGUGGUGGCCGUCGUGGGUCUGGGCAAGGAGUGCCUGGGCUACAAUCCCUACGAGGUGCUGGACGAGCAGAAGGAGGCCAUCCGGCGAUCGGUGGCCGCUGCCUGCCGGAUUCUCGCCGAGCUGGACACCGACCGAAUCGAGGUGGAGAACUGCGGACAUGCCGAGUCCGCAGCGGAGGGAGCUGCCCUCGGAAUCUGGCUGUACCAGGAACUGCGCGACCCCAAGACCCGAAUCUUCGUCCCGGCCAUCGAUUUGUACGCCACCAAGGACGAGGUUUGCGACAUCGAGGGAUGGCGCAUUGGACUUCAAAAGGCUGCCGCCCAGAAUCUGACCCGCCAGCUGCAGGAGAUGCCCUCCAACCUGCUGACUCCCACUGCCUUUGCCCAGAACGUCGUCGAGGUGCUCUGCAAGUCCGGAGUGAACGUGGAGGUCAAGGUCGAGGGCUGGGCGGAGAGCCAGUCGAUGCAUGCCUUCCUGGCGGUGGGCAAGGCCUCCUGCGAGCCACCCAUCUUCCUGGAGCUGAGCUACUACGGCACGUGUGCCGAGGAGCGACCCAUCGUCCUGGUUGGCCAGGGAAUCACCUACGACGCCGGCGGUCUGUGCCUGAAGAAAAAGCACGAGCUCUUCCACAUGCGCGGCGACAUGACCGGAGCCGCUGUGGUGGUGGCCACCUGUCGGGCUGUUGCCGGUCUAAGAUUGCCAGUAAACAUCCGCGGCCUCAUCCCUCUGUGCGAGAACGUAGUGGGCUGCAACUCCUUCCGACCGGGUGACAUGGUGAAGUCUAUGAACGGCAAGACCAUCGAGGUGCAGUGCACAGACCACGAGGAUGUGCUCGUGCUGGCUGAUGCCCUGCUGUAUGCCCAGAACUUCUGUCCCAAGUGCAUCAUCGACAUUGGCACCUGCUCGGGAUACAUGCGUCAGUCGCUGGACGAGGCGGCCUGCGGAGUGUUUACCAACUCGGAGAUCCUCUGGCAGCAGAUUAAGCACGCCAGCAUGCACACCGGGGAUCGCGUGUGGCGCUUCCCCCUGUGGCACUACUACACCAAGGCGGUGCGUGCCGGAGGACGCAGUGAUGUCCAGAACUACGGCAUCGGUCGCGGAGGUCGUCCUUGCAAGGCCGCCGCCUUCCUGCGAGAAUUUGUGCCCUGCGGCCAGUGGAUGCAUAUUGACGCCACCAAUGUGAUGGUCACCAACGGAAUCGACUUCGAGUACCUGCGACGUGGAAUGGCUGGCCGACCUACGCGCACCCUCAUCGAGUUCAUCGCCCAGACAAUCUGCAAGGACACCGCUCCUAAGAUGGGCAAAUAGGAAGAGAAUUUGGGGGGAGGAGCAGCUGACCCAAGAUGGCCACAUCCCAAAAUCAUUAGCAGCGCUGACACCACGUACACGUUUUGGUGAACUUUUCUUUUUAGUCUGUGCAAGUCCCUUCACAGUUGCAAACGAGAUUGUUCCCAGGCCAAAAAAAUUGUUUGUUUGUUCUAAGUCAUCUAUUAUUUAAACAAAUUAUCUUUCGAGUUAAAUAAAAUAUAAAAUAUA